AUGGAGCUGGCAAGAGAGACAGCUCAAGCCAAGUACAGAAGAACAACGCUAUCUAGCUCUGUAGAUUUUGUGUUGGAUGGGGUUGUUGAUCUCGAGGUGGAUGAUAUGACUGCUGAUUUGAUUGUCAGCCAACUAUUAUUUUUAGAUGCAGAGGACCAGAAGAAGGAUAUUAAGCUAUUUAUAAAUUCACCCGGUGGUUCUGUCACAGCUGGAAUGGGGAUAUACGAUGCCAUGAAGCUGUGUAAAGCUGAUGUUUCUACUGUGUGCUUGGGCCUUGCUGCAUCAAUGGGUGCCUUUUUGCUAGCUGCUGGAACUAAAGGAAAGAGAUUCUGUAUGCCAAAUUCUAGAGUUAUGAUACAUCAACCACUUGGAACAGCGGGAGGCAAAGUGAGCAAGCUCUUCUUUUUACUGUUUUAUUUUGUUUCUCCUGUUAUUAGGAGGUACAGAGCAAAAUAA